AAAUCGGAACAGUGAGCGGCAACGUGACGCCCAACGCAAGUAGCCACCCCACUGCUAGUCCCGGGUUAAGUCAUCAUCGUUUAGCGUGUGAUAGUUCGAUUUAGAAUCGGAUCGACAUGUGCUGCUGGUGUGCACGUGUUUAUUGGACAGUUUUGCAAAACUUAUUUGCGCGUCUCUGUAACUAUCUGGUGGAACAAAACUGCCGUUGUCGUCGGCGCUGUUGUAGUUGUUGCGUCGGCUACAGGCGUCAGAUUAGCGACGCGGGCAAACAAGUUUCAGACAGUGACGACGAUGCUAACGAUGACGACGACGGUCGACUGAGAGAAACAUUCAGAUAUCAACAGCAACAGCAGAAUUCACAACACGAUUAUGUCAUAGUGGACGAUGCCGACGCAAACUAUGUGGAAAUCGAGCAGCGAUCAAUUGAAACCGAGUCCUACUACUUCACUGUCGAUCGGGCCACAGCGGAACGCAUGCUGAGGGACAAUCGGGAAGACGGCGCAUGUCUGGUGCGUCCGUUUAAGGCAACCGAUUUGUGCAUCAAGUACAUUGUUAGCAUCUAUGCAGCAGAGCAGUUUUAUCAUCUGUUUGUGCGCCAAGUCGACAGUCGUCAACGCUACGCCAUUGGGCAGGAGAAGUCCCACGAACGCCACUUCAAUUCCCCCUGCGAUAUUAUUGAAUACUAUACGAAACACUCCCUACUCUGCACCAACAAGCAGCAGAGCCAGUGCAUCCUCUUGAAGCCCAUAAGUUGUGCCUAAAAAUGCAAGUCGCUGCUGGUCUACUGGUCUGAAAACUUCCAUUCAGCCUCGAUCUAGCGCUUAGGUUCAAUUUAUUGGGUUUAAAUUAAACUAUGUACAAAAGUUCUAACCCAAUAUGUAAAUAUCGAAUAUGUAAAUUAAGCAAUAUACGAGUAAGUAAUAACUAAACCUUAGACAAACUGCCUUCGAGUUGUGCCUUUUAUGGUGCCUUAGGUGGCCACGACGGCCUUGAACAUGCAACGAUUGUUUUGCAUAAGUGCUGGCCAGAGGAAGGCCUUUAUCAAGUCAGAGCGACGAUCAGACUGUGGAUGCC